AUGGAAAUGGAAAAUAUGGAUAAGAAUAAAUAUAUUGUCACAGAAAAUAAGCAACAGCCACAUAUUUCAAAACUACAGACGCAUGAAAUUAAUAGCGACCGCUUAGAGAAUAAUACAGGCGAAACAAAAUCUGGGUUUCCUGAAAAGACGACGACGACAACAACAACAGCAGCAGAUUGGUCCACUCUUUCGCAAUGGAUUCAAUGCAUGUGUAUUGUAACAUUUGACCUGAAUUUGGGCCAAGCACUUGAAUUUAUUUAUCCCAAAGAAUUUACGCCCACCGAACAGGAGGUUACCAACAUUUGUUAUAUGGCAUUUCCAGACUCCAAUUCUGGCUGUAUGGGCGACACAAAGUUUCAUAUGCGUCUUCGAAUGUCACCAGAUACGAGUCGCAUGAAGAAGUCACAACAAUUUCGUUCUUACAACAGUGACUGUCCACCUGUUUUGAAGGUCGAUCAGUCUCACUAUUGGGGUUUUGUGUAUUUUCGUCAAAAACGGGAUGCCAAUCUGCCGCGAGGUUACUUCCAAAAGAGUUUUAUUAUUAUCACCAGAUUACCAUUUUUUAAUUUAUUUUAUGAAAUGUUGACACAAUUGGCUCAAAAAUAUUUUAACGAAGGUGAAGAGGUCCUUAUCAAGGCGUGUCAACAGAUUAAUAAUGAUUGGCCACCACUACAGGUUGGCGGAACCUUUAAUUUACCGUUAUUCGAUCAAUGUUAUCAAAUUCUGGUACCCAGAGCAAGUAGUCGAAAAGCUGUUCAACAAAAUGAUAGCUUAGAAAGUAUAGAAAAAUUGGAAAAGUUAGAACGGCCGAUAUCGGUGAAAAUAAUAGCGUCGGUAAAUGAAGUUGAACUAUUCCAUAGUCUAAGUUUUAUUGUUGAUCAUAUGUAUACGCUGUGGGAAUUGGUGUUAACGGCAGAACCUAUUGUUGUGGUGGGUACAUCGCCGGCCGAUUGUUCACAUAUGGUUCAGACACUGGUAGCUUUAAUAGCUCCUUUGGAAUAUUGUGCUGAGGCAAGACCUUAUUUUACAAUACACGACAGUGAAUUCAAAGAGUUUACCAGGGAGUGUGGUAAAGUACCGCCUCCUCUGAUAUUGGGUGUAACAAAUCCAUUUUUCAUAAAACUAUUGAAAGAUUGGCCACAUAUGUUGAGAUUGGUUGAUAAUCAGAUCAACAUGCAAAAGCAGCAACAGUUGGCCCUCAAAAACUCCCGCAACACUUCUUCCGUGACAUCUUUAAACAGUGUUGGUGUUUUAAAAUCGGGAAAUGGCAAUUCCACAUCUCUAAAUGGCAGCAAUGGUGAGGGUUCUGCACCCGGUCUCUAUACCAAAUAUAAACCGUUUUUGAAAAAAGACAAAUCGCUGAUUAAAAAAGUCCUGCUUGGUCUGAAAACCAAGAGACCAGAACAUGUACAAACUGCCCUGCUUCGUAGGCAUCUAUUAGAAUUAACACAAAGCUUUAUGAUACCCCUGGAACGUUAUAUGGCCUCAUUGAUGCCAUUACAAAAGGAUAUAAGUCCGUUUAAAUCCGCCCCAAAUGCCAAUGCCUUCAAACUAGAUGAUUUUCUUGCCACACUGGAAUUAUCUGGUCCACAUUUAACCUCACCACUGAAAGGCGAUUGGAAGGGUCUAUAUCGGCGUUUUUAUAAUUCGCCCAAUUUUCGUGGUUGGUAUGAAUCACGACACAAAGAACUACAACUUACCCUACAAGAUUUACAACUGCAAGCAUUAUCCGAGGCUAAUUUGGAACAAUGGGCUCGCGAUAAGCAGGAAGUUGAAAUAAUCGAUAUGAUAUUAAAAUUGAAACAAAAAUUGAAUCUCUAUAAUGAUAAGUUAUCAAACGAAUCUAGUUCCUGGAUUGGCAGCAAUGGUAAUACAGCAACAACGACCCGCGAUCAAAUUCGAGCUCAGAUAAAUUGUAUGAAAGAAUUGUUACCGAAUGAUUUGAAAAAUGUCGUAAAUAUAUGAU